AUUUUCUUACCUACUAAGAAAAAAAUUUAGAAUAAAAAAUCCGGACCCAAUGGUUUCAAGAAACAGAGAAACAUUUCAUUUCAUGAGACGCUCACCAUCAAGAUAUUCAGUCUACGCGGUUCAUAAAAAAAUAUCCCGAAGUGCUGCACUUAGUAGACCACGUUACCAUAGUUUUAGCCGAAAUGGUUCGAAGUAUUACUCAAAACAUGGGAAUCAUAGGGAAAACUCCAAACCCCGUCAUGUACUCAAUCAUAAACGCAAAAGAAAGCAUUUAUGUUAUUUAAGAGAUCGAUCAAAUUUAAGACGCUAUGAUGAUCAUUAUCACUUCCGGAAAGUGUCUCGAAACAAAAGUGUAUCCCUACAAAUGACUCAACCAUCGUCAAAUGAUUAUGGCAUUUAUUGGGACGGUGAAAAACAUAAUCAAAACAGUCAUUUAUCGCGUCUAAGAUCUUCAGAACAAAAUUAUUCUAGACGCUAUCGUUUAAGAGGUGAAACGAAUCCCAAACAUGCACACAAAUUAAAAGCUCAUCGAUUAGUACAACAUUCUACCGAAAAAUGUGUUGAUUCAAAGACAUUACGGCGUUGUGCAGUUACAGUGUCUAAUUCGUUUUCUUUAAAUCCAUCGACUUCUGAAGAUUGGACUCAACGAUAUUCCAAGCGUGGUUGUAACCGUCGUUCGAGAAGUUGUCUAAAUGAAACAAGUUUAAGCUAUAAACAUAGAUCACGCCAUCAUCCCCGGAAUCAUUCGCAAGCAAAAGACUCGUGCCAUACGCAUUUAAACCAAUACUAUCCAAAUGAUAGGUAUUUAUCGUAUACGCGUCGCUAUUCAUUAAAAAAACGAAAUGAAAGAUGUUUUAAAACACUCCCUUACCCCGAAAAAGAACGUCGUUACUCUUCUUGUACACCUUAUCAUGAGAAGAAAGCUAAAACGUCUCAUGCUUCUUAUAGCAUUUCAAGCUCGCCUAAAAGCAAACGGGCAACUGAUUCCGAUAUAGUUCAUUUUUAUUGGUAUCCGAAAAUGCGUUUAGGCGCACGCUUUCAGGUCGUCCGAAAGCUUGGCGAAGGCACAUUUGGACGUGUUUUGGAAUGCGUUGAUUUACAAACAAAAAAUUUAGUUGCUGUUAAAGUUGUUCGAGAUGUAAGCCGCUACACGCGGUCAGCUAAAAUUGAAGCGGACAUAUUACAAGAUAUUCGUGAUAUGGAUCCCGAAAAACGCUCCAAUUGUGUUAUACUUAUUGAUCAAUAUCUCUAUGACUCACGUCGGAAAUAUCCUUCUGCGUCCAGCUGUACUGGUCGCUCAAAAAGAAAAGUAUCACGAAGUAAACACCAGCGACGCCGCCAUGGAUCUUUGAUCUGUUGUCAUUCUACUGAAGUAUCAGGCCAAGGAAAAGAUAAAAGACGCUCCUAUAAACAAGGAACGGAUAAUUUAAGCAUAAAGUACAGUAAUAGUGAAGGAACGUCACAAAGUGAUGUUGGCGAAUACGCUAAAGGAAUUCACAUGUGUUUGGCAUCCGAAAAACUUGGUCUUUCCUUGUAUGCUUUCUUAACUCAAAAUAAAUACUGCGGCUUCUUUGUCGCGGAUAUAAGAAAAAUCGCUCAUGAAACUCUUAAAGCGUUGGCUUUUUUGAAAAAAAUGAAAUUGACUCAUACCGAUUUAAAGCCUGAAAAUAUUUUGUUUAUUAAUGAUGCUUAUGCGCGUGUUCCCUUUCCUCGAUCUGCUUAUCCACCCCGUUAUUGGAAUGGAGACUGUACUGAUACGGAUUUAGAUGAAUCUUCUUCGUAUUCUGAGCAUGACAAACAUUCUCGUAAGUAUAGUGGCGUUAAUGAUAAACAUAACUAUAAAAGUAAACGAGGAAGAUCAAUGUCAAAAUCAAGGAAACGAGGGCUCGUUGUAUGUAAACGACCCCAAGAUGCUCGAGUUAAACUUAUCGACUUUGGCAGUGCCACAUAUGAAAAUGAUGAACAUACUACGGUUAUUAAUACUCGCCAAUACCGUGCUCCUGAAGUGAUAUUGCAAAUCGGUUGGUCGAAUCCCAGCGAUAUCUGGUGCUUAGGAUGUAUUCUCGUUGAAUUGUAUACGGGAGUUCUUUUGUUUCGUACUCAUGAACAUUUAGAGCAUUUAGCAAUGAUGGAAAAAAUAGUGAGCCCUUUGCCUCAAUCUAUGCUUCGUGCUGCAUCUAAAACACCAGCGUUUCAUUAUGUUGCUCCUAGAACGACGUCUGACGAAAAUUUUGUUUUAAACUGGCCAAGUGGUGCUAGUAGCAAAAAAUCGAUUUUAAAAGUUCAACGUUGUCAACGUUUAGAAAGCUUAUUCUUACCAUGCCACAAGCUUUUAGCUGAGUUUGUACGGUAUAUUUUAAAUCCUGAUCCUAAACUUAGACCCACGGCUAAGGAAGCAUUACAGCAUCCCUUUCUUACAACGACCUUACCAGAAAAAUAAACACGUUUUUUAAAACGUCGAUUAAACAUAAACGAUAGAAGACCUUGUCACAUGAUUAUGUAGUCUCAAGUUUAUUUGUCUUUUAAUAACGAAGUGAUGCAUUUAUAAGAAUAGAAAGACUAUUAUGAAAAGCUUAAUGUCAUUUUCUUCAAUUUUUUUAGUAAAUAGAAAGAAUUCUGAAAGCAAAAUGUAUUUUCAGAAAAGACAGAAUUGAUUCUUUUCUAAUUGAUUAACAAAACU